GAGAAGAGUGAGAGGCUGUAGACUGAUUACGACAAACUAAAACUCAUGGCAUAAACUCUGAACGAUAGAGUCAGCGACGGGAUAUCCCGAAGGAAACCAUGCAUGCUAGAUAUGCAACGCUUUGGGAUACUAUGGAAUUCUCUAGGAUUUGUCUUAUUCUCAGCAUCGAAACGCUGGUGUUGGUAUGCGGUCAAAAGGGCAAUGGGUGUGGACAUACAGUCCUCAGUCCCACCAGUGGCACACUGACCUCGCUGAACUUCCCGGGAACCUACCCUAACCACACCCAGUGUGAGUGGAGCCUAAGGGUAGCGAAGGGCCAGACUCUGCUCUUGACCUUUGGGGACUUUGACUUGGAGUGGAGCCAAGACUGCAUAUCUGGCUCUCUUACCAUCACAGACACCAGUGGAGCCACUAGAGUGGGUCCUCUGUGUGGGCAGCUGUCCGCCACAAACAGGAAUAUAUCUGUGAGUACUAAUGAAGUAACAGUGCGUUUCAUCUCCGGCACUCACCGUUCAGGACGGGGCUUUGUCAUGUCCUAUUCAACCAAUCAGCACUCAGAGCUCGUUUCAUGUCUGCGUCGAGGGACACAUUUCUCCUCUCAGCAAAUUAGUGCGUUCUGUCCUGCAGGCUGCAAAGGUGUUGCAGGAGAAAUCUGGGGCUGGCAUGGACAAGGCUACCGUGAUACCUCUGUAUUAUGCAAAGCUGCAGUCCAUGCAGGGGUUAUUUCGGACAGUUUGGGGGGCAUGAUCAACGUGUCUCUGCAGAGGGGCAUUACCUUGUAUGAGUCGAACUUCGCUAAUGGAGUACUGUCGAAAACCGGCUCCUUGUCAGAUAAACGGCUCGUCUUCCACAGAGAGUGUGACAGGGAGCUAACGGUGGUGGCCUAUAACACUUCUUCGGUGUGGGAUGAGGUGAACAGACUGGGUCAGAAAGUCUCCUGGGCUCCGGGACACGGGGGCUCUCAGUGGGCUGCGAGCUCUGGGGACCAGCAACCGUGGAUGGAGCUUGAGCUGUGGAACAGGAGUAGUGUCACAGGCAUCAUAACAAAGGGUACGGCACAUUACUACAUUGAAUCUUACUCCCUCAUGUUCAGCAAAGACCGCAAAAACUGGAAAGUCUACAAAGCGGCAUCGAGCAAAGACAAGAAGGUGUUUGAGGCCCAUUCUGAUGGUCAUGUGACGGUGCUCAACAGUCUGAUUCCUCCAGUAGUAGCACGCUACCUUCUUCUGAAACCCCAGAAGUGGCAUAUCAGGGCCUGUGCGCAGGUUCAAGUGCUGGGCUGCCCUUCUGCCCCCCUCAGAACGCGUUCCUAUGGAGACGAAUUGAAUACUGGGAAGGCAGUUGUCCCAGAGACUGUGCCUCUACAAACUCUGCCCACUGAGAGUCCUGUCAUCACAAGAAGCUCAGGCCCCAGUCAAGCAGUGAUAUUAGUGGCAGGCAUGGUUUUGGGAGCCGCUCUGUGUGUGGGUUGCCUUUUAGCUGGGCUUAUUUGGUGGAGAAGAAAAAGAAAUGCACAAAUAAAGAAAUGCUGUGUUGACCAAGGCUGUCAGGGUUUCCACGGGAAGAAGCUUUCGUGCACAAACCCAGAGCUUGUAUCUUACCCUCUGGUUCGGAACAUCCACGAUGCUCUCCCCAACCCUCCUCUCAAUGACUAUGCUGAGCCUGAUGUAGGAGCAGGUGGGCAGAUGAUGGGACUCACAUUCCGACCCCCAAUAGAGGAGGGCUACACCAUCCCUUUCACCCUCAACCACUACGACACUCCCGGACAACUUCCCGAAUACGCCGAUCCCCUGCCACCCGAACCAGAAUAUGCGACACCCUUCGGCGAAAUGCCCACAGACUCAACACUGGACAGCCGACAGAAUCUACCUGCGUGUCGAUCUACACAGGGCGCAAGAGCAGAGCCGGGCCAACAACAAUAUGACUGCCCCGCACACAGAGUGAUCUCAAACGGGUACUGUACUCCAGUGUCACAUGGUACUAGCCAACAUAAUGCUAGCGUGAUCUACUUUGAGCCCCAGACGGUAGAACCACUAUUGCAUACGUACCAUGAGCCACUUUGAGCCAAGAUGGAAUCUCCUACCGAAGCCAAUUUGUGACAUUUGUGCUGUUAUAAUGUAACCUAAUGAAUGAUACACAGAAUUAUGCUGUGUUAAAUAGCAUCAGGGAUCAGCAUGUAAAGAAAUUAUUAUGUGGGUGUUAACAAAAAUGUAGGAAAUGGGAGAAGUGCUUUUAUAAGGAAAGCUGUAUUGUUCAGAUGACCACUGAACCCGUGUAUUUUUUAUUUAAUGUAAAUGUGGGCGUUUUAUCUUUAACUAAUCAGAA